CUACGGGUCCAGAUGGGAUUUCGGCAAGAUUAUUAAAGGAGUGUUCGGAAGUCCUUGCUCCGUCUCUUACUGCAUUAUUUAAUAAAUCCAUUGCUCUCGGGCAAGGUUCCUGCAGAUUGGAAGUAUGCAAACAUCGUUCCCGUUCCCAAAAACAACAAAACUCAUAUUAUCAGUAAUUAUCGUCCAAUUUCAUUAUUAAAAAUCUGGGAAAAUCUUGUAUUACUCAGCUUCUUGACGUUGUUUACAACAUUGGCAAGGCGUUAGAUUGUGGUAAAGAAAUGGAUAUGAUCUAUUUAGAUUUUUCCAAAGCUUUCGAUUCGGUACCUCACGAUAAACUUAUUUUUAAACUCUCCCAAUUUGGUAUUACUGGGCCGCUCUUAGACUGGUUUUCUGACUAUCUGUCUGCACGUAAACAGCGCAUGGUAGUUGACGGUUUCUCAUGA